AUGGACAUUGGCAUCGUGGGGCUGGGUGCAAUGGGCAAAAACCUUGCGCUCAAUUUCCACCGCAAUAAGUUCAAGGUUGCUAUCUACAACAGAACGCACUCGAAGGCGAAAGCUGUUGCCGAUGAGCUCAAGUCAGAGAGCUUAAAAGCGUACGAGUCCGUCAGUGACUUUGUAGCCUCUUUGGUAAAGCCUCGUGUUAUCGUCCUCCUCGUUCAGGCAGAUGCUGUCGAUUCUGUUGGGGAGAUGAUGGCUAAAUGCAUGCAGGAGGAUGAUAUCAUUAUAGAUUCAGGUAACUCUUACUACAAGCUCACAGAGGAGCGUAAGGUUCGCUUUCACAAGAACUUCAAAGUGCAUUUUUACGGGAUAGGCAUUUCGGGCGGUGAAGAAGGCGCCCUCUGGGGGCCUGCGAUAAUGGUUGGCGGGGACGAAGAGAGCGCAAGAAAGCGCCUCCUUCCACUUCUUGAGAAGGUCUGUGCAGACCCCCAGGUCGAGGGGACUGAUGGAAAGAAAUGCAUAUCUUAUUGUGGGCCCGGAGGUGCUGGCCACAUGGUGAAGAUGGUGCACAAUGGCUGCGAAUACGGCAUCAUGCAACUUAUUUCCGAGGCAAUCGCCAUCUUUCGCUCGGUCCUCAAGUUUUCCGUGGAACAGGUGGCCGAUGUCUUUGCGUUGUAUGCAAGGACCGAAGGCUGCUAUCUGUUCGAAAAUGUCGCCCAGAUACUAUACAAGAAGGAGGAUGACAAGCCUCUUAUUGACUUUGUCAAAGACGUGGCCAUGCAGAAAGGGACUGGCCGUUGGACGUCUAUCGAGGCGCUGAAUCUAGGGGUAUGCGCGACGAUCAUUGAUGCAGGCGUGGCUGCACGCACGUUCUCGAGCUCAAAGGACCGCUUUCUGAUGCAUGUCGAGGACUCCACCGCGUUGCUGAAGUCUGUCUUCACACAGGGUCUUUGUAAGGACGCUAUCAUGCGUUCUCUGCUGGCCGCUAUGCUCCUUGCAUUCCAACAGUCUAUCUGCGUUAUUCACGCCCUCUCCGAAUCUAUGCAAUACAACACAAGCAUCUUUGAGGCUCUUUGCUCCUGGCGCGGAGGCUGCAUAAUUCGCAUGAAUCUUCUUACACCGCUGGCGGACUUCUACAAGCAGAACGCCAACAAGCGUGUACCGCUGAUGCAUGCAAGCUUUGUGAAGGAAAAGUACAUCAAUCGUGACGUUGUCUCCCAGCUCAGGUUGCUGGUCUCCUCUGCCGUGAAGGCUGGGCUGCCUAUACCGGCUUUUUCGUCUGCUAUGACAUAUCUCGACAUGAUCCAGACUGAGGUUCUGCCGACCAAGUAUAUUCAGGGCAUGAGGGAUAACUUUGGAGCUCACACCUAUGAAAGGAUUGACAAGGAAGGUGUAUUCCACUCUGUCUGGACUGAGAAAUAA